AUGGCGGCAGUGCGGGGACUCCGGGUGUUGGUGAAGUCGGCGGGAGGUGUGAGCGAGCCGGAGCCCAUGGAGGUGGAGGAGGGAGAAGUGGAGGCCGCGCCGGACGGGAGCUCCCCCCGGGAGGCGGUGUCGGGUAACAUCAGGAGAUAUGAAAAUAAAGCUGGGACCUUCAUCACUGGCAUUGAUGUCACUUCCAAGGAAGCCCUUGAGAAAAAAGAACAGAGAGCAAAGAGGUUUCAUUUCCGUGCAGAAGUCAGUGACGAUCAGAGAAAUGUCAUACUGGAUAGAGACAUGAUGAGAAAAGCACUCCCAAAUGUCCGUCUGGAAACCCUACAUGUCAUGGGUGUGGAUGAGAUGAGUACAGAGGACAUAUUUGCUUUCUAUAAGCAGUAUCCGCCAGGCUACAUCGAAUGGUUGGAUGACACUUCUUGUAAUGUUGUCUGGCUGGAUGAAGUGACUGCAGCUCGCGCACUGCUAAAUAUGACCACUAUGCCAGUAGAUACGAAGAGUAAAAAAGAUGAAGAAAGCACCUCCACCAAAUCCAAAGCAGAUAGGUUUAAUGACAGUUCUGGAGAUGAAACUGAAGAAGGUGAGGUGGAUGAAGAUAAUCCUAGUGAUGCAGAGGAAGAGCCCAACAAAAAUACCUUGAAUACGAUGGAUACUCUGUCUCAAGCAGAACAAGAGUCUUUAAUGAGAAACGAUCUUCGUCCCUCUGUGAAAUUGUUCAAGGGAAACAAGUUGCAGAUGAGAUUUGCUACCCAAGAUGACAAGAAAGAACUUGGAGCGGCACGGAGAAGUCAGUACUACAUGAAGUACGGAAAUCCAAACUAUGGUGGCAUGAAAGGAAUCCUCAGCAAUUCCUGGAAGAGAAGGUACAAUUCUCGCCGUGUCCAGCGAGAUGUCAUGAAGAAAAGGACACUUAUUGGAGAUGAUGCUCCCGCAUACCAGCACCUUCAUUCAGGCCUGGUGAAUGUUCCAGAGGAGCCAAUAGAAGAAGAGGAGGAGGAAGAGGAUAUGGAUGAGGAUGACCGUGUAGUGGUGGAAUACAGAGAUGAACUGCAAGCCUUUAAAAGAGAGAGGGAGGGGGCACGGCGCUCUGCAGCCAGCGCUUCAGACUCUGAUGAAAUGGACUAUGACUUAGAGCUGAAAAUGAUUUCUACACCCUCUCCGAAAAAAAGCAUGAAGAUGACCAUGUAUGCUGAUGAGGUAGAGUCAAAGCUAAAGAGCAUCAGGAAUUCAAUGAGAUCUGACUCUGGAAGCAAUGUGAAAAAACCGUAUUGGUAGUAAAUCCCAUUCUGAGAAGCCUGCAGAUAUCCGACUGUUACUUGAGGAGAAGAGGCAGAGUACAGCAAGCAGACAGACUGGAACUGGAACUGGAACAAAAUCUGAUGUGCGGAAAAGGCUUGGAAAGAGACAGCAUUCACCAGAAAUACGAAAAGUGUUGAGCCACAUUCCUACACCUCGCAGAGAACCAGUGUCUGAUGUGCAUAGUCGGCUGGGUUUGCCAAAACAAUUGGAAGGAAAAGGUCUUUAUUCUGACAGCAAGGAAAAGAAAACAGGAAGCUUAUGGAAUCGUUUGGGAACAGCACCAAAAGAAAAGGAGCGAGCAGCAGAGAAGGGUGGAAAGGGCAGCGUGGCACCAGAAGAGGAAGACUCUGUAGUACAGCAGGCCUGGGGAGCCUUAAUAAAGGAAAAGGAACAGAUCAGACAGAAGAAGAGCCGUUUGGACAACCUCCCUUCCUUACAGAUUGAAAUCAGCCGGGAGAGCAGUUCUGGCUCAGACACGGACUCCUGA